AUGACACUCCCAUUAGGAGCCGUGCGGGUAGCUGUGGUCUCAUUCAUCGUGGGUCCCAUGGCUAUCAUCGCUGUGGCGCUCAGACUAUGGUCCAGAUAUCUACAGGGAAGAAAGCUGGCUGCAAAUGAUUACUUGGCAUUGGUGGCACUGGUACUGGCUGAAGCUGCUUUGUCCGUGUUUCUGGCAGCUGGUUUUGCUGCUGGCUUGGGAGUCCAUUUAGAUGAGCUCUUAGCAACAGCACCUGGAAAGUUUGCUCUGCACAUGAAGCUUUUCGUGCCUGCACAACUGCUGUGGGCAGCAGCGAACUCGUGUGUUAAGGCUUCGAUAUUGUACCUCUACAUCGACCUCUUUCCCAAUAAGGUCUUUUGCCGUUUGUGCUAUGGCACCCUCUUCGUCACUGCCGCAUAUUUCACCAUGGUACUGAUCGAAGCCUUCGCGCUUUGCAAACCGGUCCAAUAUAACUGGGAUAAAUCGAUUGAAGGACAUUGCACUGGUGAAAAUAUUGCUUAUCUCGUUGCUGGCAUUGUCAAUCUCACCAUUGACACUUUCAUUGUUGUUCUACCGAUGCCUCUGGUUUUCAACUUACAACUGAUUUUAUCAGAAAAGAUUGCCGUCUCUGCAAUGCUUAGCCUCGGGGCGUUGUAA